AUGUCCAUCACCCACAUAGUCCUUCUCCAACUCAAGCCGGAUGUCGACCCCGCCGCCAUCCAACAGGCCUCGAUGCAUUUCCUUUCAUUGAAGGAUACCUGCGUCAAUCCCACCUCGAAGCAACCAUACAUCCUCAAGAUCUCAGGAGGAAGUGACAACUCGCCCGAAGGGCUUCAGGACGGCAUAUCCCACGCAUUCGUUGUCGAAUUCGCCAACGAGGCAGACCGAGAUUACUACGUAAAGGAGGACCCGGCCCACCAGAUGUUCAAGCAGCAAGUUGGUCCGCUCCUCCAAAAGAUCCAAGUUAUCGACUUUGCCCCCGAGUUGUUCGCAAAGGCCUACUCGAAGAGUCUUGCAUAA